AACUCAGAGCGCAUGCAUGGACACCUAUAAAAACAUUUUUACGCGUAAGAGGGAGGAGACGCAGUUAAGGGAGUAAUGCAUGCAUGUACUCCGGGUAAAAAGGGCAGUUUAAGAUGUUUUAUAUUCCCCUACUGUAACCGUGGCGCGACACAAUCCACACAGAGAGAACUGAGGAAACAAACGGUGCGCGCGCGCACACACACACACCCGCUACAAUGAGAAGGAAUAAAUCCGCGCUGCAUAUACGGACGGAAGGCGCCUGAAGGGGCUGCAUUUCAGAUGAUUUCGCUUGAAUGUACACGAGGAAUCUCUGGACGAGGAUUACAAAAUGAUAUGUAAUUUAAAGCGCCUAUAACGGAUCUUUUCUUCAUCUCCUCUCUUUUAUUUCGUGUUUUGCCUCCUGUAUUCAUUGUGCCCAAUGAGAAGAAUUAAGCUAUCCCUCCAUUCAGUUCCACUCAAAAGGAGGGAGGAAAAAAACAGAGGGAGAUGAGAGCAGCAAAUCCCUUUUUUAUUCAUCUUGUAGCGUUCAAUAAGUGAACAAUGUGUCGCCUAUCAGUCACCGAGGGGAUCAGGUCUACGGGACUGUCCCACGCGCUCAGUGCUGUGAGCAGAGCAUCACUAACACACAGACAGUAAGAGCAGCAGCAGCAGCAGUUGCGCUGGCAUCCCAUCCAGGACCCUUUCUGUGAUUCAACACUGAUUUUAUGAAUAAACGCUGACCCACGCUGUCGGGCGCACUGGAAUGUGGAGUGAUAUCAUGCGGGUUCUCGCGUUGCUUCUCGCAGUUAAAGCGGCAUGUGUCCUCCUGGUGUCCUCUCUCACUGGCACAGGGGCGGUCAACAACAGCGGCCGGUGGUGGGGUAUAGUGAAUGUGGCAUCCUCGGGCAAUCUCCUCACUAACUCUAAGAAUGUGCAGCUGGUACUCGACCCAAGCCUGGCACUGCUAAGUCGCCGCCAGAGAAAGCUGAUCAGGCAAAACCCUGGCAUCCUUCAUGCUAUUGCAGCAGGUCUGCACACAGCCAUCAAAGAAUGCAAAUGGCAGUUUCGUAACCGUCGUUGGAACUGUCCCACUACCCACAGCCCCAAUGUCUUUGGCAAAAUUGUCAACCGAGGUUGUCGCGAGACUGCGUUUGUGUUUGCCAUUACAAGUGCUGGUGUUACUCACGCCGUGGCUCGGUCCUGCUCUGAAGGGGCCAUUGAGUCCUGCACCUGUGACUACCGGCGCCGUGGUCCUGGAGGGCCAGACUGGCACUGGGGAGGCUGCAGCGACAAUGUGGAAUUUGGCAGGAUGUUUGGACGAGAGUUUGUGGAUUCCAGCGAGAGGGGCAGAGAUCUACGCUAUCUGACCAACCUGCACAACAAUGAGGCAGGGCGAAUGACUGUCGCAUCAGAGAUGCAGCAGGAGUGCAAGUGUCACGGGAUGUCUGGAUCCUGCACUGUGCGAACUUGUUGGAUGAGACUUCCCAGCUUCCGUUUAGUGGGAGAUUACCUGAAGGACCGUUUUGACGGCGCAUCCCGAGUUGUGUAUGCCAACAAAGGCAGCAAUCGCGCAUCCCAUCGAGCAGAUCCCCGACACCUGGAACCAGAAAACCCAGCGCAUAAACUCCCUUCAUCUCGGGAUCUCGUCUACUUUGAAAAAUCACCUAACUUCUGUUCCUACAAUGGCAAAACUGGAACACACGGCACAUCAGGACGUACCUGCAACAGUUCGUCGCCAGCUCUGGAUGGGUGCGAGCUGCUGUGCUGCGGAAGAGGAUACAAGACUCGAAUGGAGCAGGUCACCGAAAGAUGCCACUGUACUUUCCACUGGUGCUGCCAUGUGAGCUGCCUCAACUGCACCAGCACACAGACUGUCCAUCAGUGUCUAUGAGGAGAAAACACAACCGACUCACAAACUGGAGGAGAAGGCUCCCAAAUUGGCUAUAGAAAUGGGCCAUUGAGGUGACCCUGGGUUCUCAGCUCUUGCCCUGGAGGAGUUUUGUUUGUCUUUCCUAUCUGAAACGCAUGCUUCAGUUCAUGAAGCUUACAGCUAAUGUGUUGAUGUUCUGAAUCCGGGGUGGUAAAUAGGGAGGGCUUACAAAAUGUGCUGUUGAGAACUGGAGUGAUAGAUCACAGGUUCAAAGUUUGGAAUAAUGAAGAUUUAAAAUAAGUAUUUCUUAACAUUAUGGUUAUUGGGUUUUUCCAAGUUAAACACAAAAGUACAACAAAGUUAUGAUCUAAAUAGAUCUUUCAUCCCCAAACAUACUGCCCUAUACCUAGCCCAAACCUCCAAACAGUAGUGCCACAAAUAAAACCAUCAGUUAAAAUAAUUGGGUUAAAAAUACCCCAACUUAUAACCCAACUAGGUUAUUAUAGCACCUGCCCAACUAUGGGUUAUUUUACCCCGGU